GAGGAGGAGGAGGAAGAAGAGGAGGGAGGAGUUUUUCCCCCCCCUCAUCAUUUAGCUCCAGCUCUGCUCAUUGUUGGACAACGCUCUCAUACAAGCUGAGUGAGGGACUCCUGACGCCGGGGCGAUGGGUGCACAUUGAGCGAAUUGCGGCAGUUAAGACGAGAGAGAGGAACACCUCCAGGCUGGAUGGUGUGAGCUCCAUCGUCAUCACCACCACCACCACCAUUAUUAUCAUCAUCCUCUGAAAUGCGUCACUGCAUUCACACACUGGUCCCCGCACUGACUCUUAUGCCAGGUGAGCGCAUGCGCGGCCCGGCUUUCCCGCGUUGAGCCCCCACCACCCCUUCCCUCCUUCCCCAGCACACGCAGCACGAAGGCCGGAUGACACCCCCGAGCUCCGCGUUGUCCCCGGCUCCCCGGUGCCUGCCAGGCCUGGGCGUCAACGGCACAUGUGCGGAGCAGCUGAGCGGCGCGUUCCCCCCGCUGUCGUCCACGCUGGCCCUCCUGGUGCUCGUGGCCGUGCUGGCAGGUGUCGUGCUCGUCUCCGUGGCCACGUUCCACUUCCACAAGAGGAGGCUGAAGAAGCGGAAGAUCCAGAGAGCGCAGGAGGAGUACGAGCGCGACAGUCGCAGGGCGGCGGCGGCGGUUGCAGGGGGGUCAGCGCGGCCGUGCGUCAUUGCGCGCCCGGUGCGCUGCGCCGCACACCGGGUGGAAGUGGUGGUGAUGGAAGAGGAGCGCGCCGGCGAUACAGUGGAGCACGGAGGAACCCCCGCGGACUGCUAAACUCAGGGAACGAGACUGUGGAAUAAACAGGAAAAAGCAAUAAGGCACAAAGAACUCUCAUCCAUCCUCCACUGCUGCUUGUCGAUGACUCUCAUGCAGAAUACUGAGCAUAGCAGGCCUGUAGGAUAGUACACACACGCACACAAACACACGAGAGCAGUGAUUCCCAACGUUUAUUGAGCCAAGGCACAAACAGUGGUGCCUUGAGAUAAGAGUUUAAUUUGUUCCGCGACCACAUUCAUAUCUCAAAUCAUCUUUCCCUAUUGAAUUGAAUGAAAAUGUAAUUAAUCCACCAAAAAACACAAACGUGUUGUUUAACGUUUUUUUUUUCCCCAUAAGAACAAUUGUACUGAACGGUAUUUAUUUAUAUAAAAUCCACUGUAAUAUCUGGUCUCCACAUAACCUGCAAACACAGGAAAUGCGAGCAAAAAACACGACUGAACCUAAUGUUGAACUCAAUCUUACGCCGGACCAAUGGUGGUCCGAUGUUGUGAAGUUUGCUGCCGCCAUCUAGCAGUGGAGGUCUGAAGCGCACUUGUCUCUCAAGUUUCUGCUCAUACCUCAAGGCAAAAAAACAUCCGAGCACUGGCUCAUAUUUUGAAAAACGCAUAAGUCAAGGAAGGAAAAAAUAAAUAAAUCACAACCCCAAAAAAAUUGAUACAUUGGCUAACUGCAAUCUCGUGAAAAAGCAUUUAAUUGCGCUGCCUUGUCAGUACGUGUUGCUGGCAUAGAUAGAAGAAUAAAUCACUGGUAGUAAUAAAUAAUUUUCUGCACAGUAGUUGGGAAUCACUGCACUAGAGCAGGGGUGUCCGAAAUCCAUCUCCAGGGUCCAUUUUUCGUAACCCUCAGCGAAGUAGCCACUAUAUAGUUAUUGAGUAAAAUAUUGCGGAGUUCUCAAUUGUUUUAUGUGUGAAGCUGUGCAGUAAACCCUUGUGUUUCGCUAGCAACAUACUUCCUUGACAUCAAUUACUGUACUACUUCCCUAUUUACACACGGCUUUUGCUGUAUCAUUGCGCAUUACAGAAAGAGCAAAAAGUACCCAAAUAGGUGAGUUUUUCAGAAACAUGGCAACUGAGCACUUUUUAGCAUUUCAACCCAUUACCAGAGUCACUUAUUUAUGAUACGGUGGAGAAAUUCCCCUAAGUAUUCUAUAAAAAUGCUAUUUCGUUCAAAUUCACGCAUAAGUAGAUAUCCUCCUCACUGACAAACUGGUAAAACUGUCAGCCCCCCCGACCCCAAAACAAUAAUAGCAGCUUGAUGGCACACUUCCACUUGACUUCUUCCAUUUUAAAGGCUCGAUCAUGCUCGAUGCGAAGCCUUCCAUUUUGUCCGUAUUUCUAUUGCAGUACAACCCUAAACCAUGUGGGGAGCAGUGUCGAGAUGCAAAGUGAAUAUGGACCACCAUUAACACAUUUUUUGAGACAUUGAACUUUUUACAUUGCCUCCAAAUUUACCUUCUCAAAAAGGACACUAUUGAAACGAGGUCUUAGGUUUACGUCAAAUGCAAUUUCAAUUGCAAAUGUGGUCAAACGUAGUGGACAAACCUGAAAGCUAGAACAGCGGGUCCUCUGUUUACUACGACAUUCCAUUCCUACAGGACAUUUAGCUCACUUAUACACUAGUUCAACGGGUGCCAUUCCUAACUUCGAAUUUUUGUAAUUACAGUGAAUGUGCGCGAAAAACACAUGCACAUAAAUACAAAACAAUCCUAUGAAAAAUGGUACAGAGGUGGGGCUACUUAUACCACAUGACCGCGCAUCUUGCCGCAUCUAGGUGCCAAGGAACUAUGUUGAAGUGGGUUGAGGAGCUUCAUUUAGACAAAUGUAGUGCUUUGCUGCCAUACUGGUGUUACUGAAAUAUGGUGAAGUGAGUUGAGGAGUUUCAUUUUGACAAAAGUCGUGCUUUGCAGUCAUGUUGUGCCAAUGAACGAUGUUGAAGUGAGUUGGGGAGCUUCAUUUAGACAAAAGCAGUGCUAUGCCACCAUGUUGAUGCCAAUCACCUAUGUUGAAGUGAGUUAAGAGGUGGGCCUUCUUAUACCACUUGACCACGCAUCUUGCCGCAUCUAGGUGCCAAGGAACUAUGUUGAAGUGUGUUGAGGAGCUUCAUUUAGACAAAAGUAGUGCUUUGCCGACAUCUUGGUGUCAAUGAACUAUGUUGAAGUGAGUUGAGGAGCUUAUUUUAGACAAAAGUAGUCCUUUGCCACCAUCUUGUGGCAUCUUGGUGUCAAGGAACUAUGUUAAAGUAAGUUGAGGAGCUUCAUUUACACCUAAGUGAUGCUUUGCUGCCUCCUUUUGACAACCCUUGGCAAUUAUAAACUUUUUUUGUGAGGGUGUUAAUUACUCUUGGACUUUCGCUAUUGUGGGGGUUCACUGUACUGUAUAAAUGCAGUGAUAUUUCUCUAUUUGUGUACAUACACGGAGCAUAAAUGAGGCGUAAACAUGAAAAAUGAAACAUUCCAAAGCAGGAUGAAGGGGAAAAGGGGAAAAAAAAUGCUAAAUUAUUUGCUUCGUCACCUCGAACACGAGCUAAAACAUGGGCCGAUUUAACCGCUUAUCUUAACAAAAACACGGGAUUGAUUUUAGCGCAAGCGAAUAGGGUGAAGAAGCUCUGGAUUUCUGUAUGCAGCCCCACAGUGGAAAGCUUUUCUGGGGUUUUUUCCGGACACGCCCGCUCUAGAGUGUCUCACUCUGAACUUUCGCCUGCUCUGCCUCUCUUCGGACCUCCUCCUCCCUCUCGCCUAAGAAGCUUCUUUAAACUCUGGAGACGUUUAAAUUUUAACUGCUCUCCGGGAUGUGACACACGAUUGUGUUGAAUUAUUCACACGUGGUGACACAACACACACACACGUACACGCACACACGUCAUAAUGGCUUAGCUGAUCUUCCUUGGCAUGUCCUCUGACACACUAGCAGUAUGUAGUUAGACUCUUAAUGGAUGUUGUGGUGCUGUUAGGCAGUGCAAAAGCUGCAAAUAUAGACAUUUGGCUUCUUUGUUUGGGCAUCGUAUUUCUUCCUUCUUUCCUUCCUUCAAUUAAGUGACUUGAAGUGCUCCAAUGUCUGUUUUAGACAUCUUAGCUCUAGUUAUGCAAGACUUUUUGGCUGUAGUAAUCCACAUAAGAUCUGUUUUUGUUUUUCUUCUACUGUGUAUCAGAUAGUAGCUAACGUUUAAGUGCUAAUAUUUGGAAUAUUCAUGUAGAGAUUGUGAUCCAUGACAAUCCUUCCCUCGAGCGGCGGUUUUUGUUUCUUUGUAAACUCUUUAUAUAGUAUCAUAAUAGUGGGCCUAUACAUAGAAUCAUGGAUUUUAUCUGUUCACUGUACAUGUAUGACAUCAUGAGGAAUGUUUUCUGUAAUCUGCCUUAUACAAGGAAUAUACUGUAUGUAGUAUUUAGCGUUUAUAAAUAAAUAUU